CGUCCCGGUGGCGUCUUUCUUCCGCGCCGGCCCUGGUAGCGGUUCCGUGCAGCGGCGGCGGCGGCGGCGGCGGCGGCGUCUCUGGUUUGAACGCCGAGGACGGUAGCUUCUGGUCUGCGGCCUGAUCUCGAAGCCCCGAGCGAAGCGGCGAGAUGACGGACCGGUACACCAUCCACAGCCAGCUGGAGCACCUGCAGUCCAAGUACAUCGGCACGGGCCACGCCGACACCACCAAGUGGGAAUGGCUCGUCAACCAGCACCGGGACUCGUACUGCUCCUACAUGGGUCACUUCGACCUCCUCAACUACUUCGCCAUCGCCGAGAACGAGAGCAAGGCGCGCGUGCGCUUCAACCUGAUGGAGAAGAUGCUGCAGCCCAGCGGGCCGCCGGCGGACAAGCCCGAGGAGAACUGAGGCGAGCGCUUCCCCGUCUUCCCCGGCAGGGGACCGAGCCACCUUGUUCCUGACUCUUGAUCGUUCUGGCCCGUGUGGCUCCCCCGACCUGCUUACCUGUGGACGGUUCCGAACAAGUCACCGAGAGACUGUCGGGACCCCGGGAACCGUGCGGGAGGAGCGAUCCUAGAAUCGGCGAGCGAGGAAGAAGACGGCACGGAAGCGAUGGCGCAUUUCGAGUCUGUUUUUUAAUAGUUGAUUGUCGUUCUUAUGAUUUAUAUAAAGUUUAGGACCUGUCCUAUC